AUGAGAAUGAAGAAAACAUCUGCUGAAAGAUAUUUGAGAACAGUUUCACCGAAAGCAAAUCAUAAAUUUAGUUCGGAGCUCAGGAUGUUUUUAGCAUUAGUGGUUGGUGAACGAAUUUAUAGAGUUAUAUUUAUUAUCAUUUCCCCAACCACCCAAGUGUACAUUUUUGAGGGUGGACAUGAGAGCUUACCCAAUGAAAUCCCUGUUCAGUUGAUUUUCCUGCUAUUACCAUUAACUCUCAGCAUUUUUACUUAA